UUUGAAAUCCCGGAUUCGUUCCUUAACACGCGAUCGAUCGGGGAUAGAUUAUUUAGGUCUUCGGCAUGUAUUGACUAAUCAACGUCGUAAAUAUUAAAUGCCGCAAAUUAAAUUCUACAACUAUUUCGAAUAUUCUGUUUUUAAGCAUGUCGCAGAUUUUUUCCCGUUCGUGUACAGUUUUCAAUAUAACGUAUAGGAAUGCGCGCUCCUGUUCCUUACUGGCGAAGUCGAGCCGCCAGCAGUGGCAGUGCAGAAAAGCCUCGCCUGCGGCUGCUGUGUGGCGGCGGAACACGCGGCUCUUCGCGUCACAGCCGAGUGCCCGCGGGGCUUCGAGAGUCGCGCCGGUAUGGCUUUGUGUGCUCGGGGUUGGCGCUGGUUCUCUGCUGCUCCUCUGGCUAAGGAACGACGGCUGCACUGGGGAUCUCUGUGAGUGUGAGCACGCAGGGAAAGGUGACCAGGCGCUGGGUUUCCGUGCUGCUGUGGCGCAGAGCAGAGAUCUGCUGCGCAGGAUCAAGGAUGAGGUCGGGGCCCCAGGGAUUGUAGUUGGAGUGUCUGUGGAUGGACAUUCGAUUUGGUGUGAAGGCCUGGGAUAUGGGGAUUUGGAGAACAGGGUUCCCUGCCGUCCAGAGACUGUGAUGCGGAUUGCCAGCAUUAGCAAGCCCCUCACCACUGCAGCUGUGGCUCGGCUCUAUGAGCAGGGUCACCUCGACCUGGAUGCUCCAGUGCAGAAAUAUGUCCCUGAAUUCCCUGCUAAACAGUUUGAUGGAGAAGAUGUGACAAUAACUACCAGGAUGCUACUGUCUCACCUGAGUGGAAUUCGUCAUUAUGAGAGAGAUGCAGAAAGGGUGAGGGAGGAGAAGAUAAAGCAGACGCUCAGACUGCCAAAUGAGAGAAAAACUGAGGAGAAUGAUGGAAAAGGAAAGCAGGAGAAUGAUGGAAAAGGAAAGCAAGAGAAUAAACCCACUUCCAAAAGUAAAAAGGACAAGACUACCCAACGGAAAAAAGAAUUUGAGCAGGAAGAAUACUACCUAAAAGAGCACUUUGAGAAUAUAGUUCAAGCUCUUGACAUAUUCAAAGAUGACCCACUCAUUUUUAAGCCAGGAACAACCUUCCUUUAUUCGACACAUGCCUUCACCCUACUCAGCGCUGUGGUAGAACGGGCCUCAGGCCAGCCCUUCCUUGACCACAUGAUGGAAAUGUUCCGAAAGCUUGGCAUGCUCAACACCGUGCCAGAUGAGAAUGAUCCCAUCAUAUAUCACCGUUCCAGAUUUUACCACUUUGAUAAAAAAGGGCGUGUUGUCAACUGCCCUUACGUAGAUAACUCGUACAAGUGGGCUGGUGGUGGCUUCCUCUCAACGGUGGGUGACCUGGUGCAGUUUGGCAAUGUUUUGUUAUACAGUUACCAGAUGGCCCACAGGAAAAAUAAGGAGAACCUCCUACCUGGAUUCCUGAAGUCACAAACGGCAAACAUGCUAUGGACCCCAGUGGAGAAUACUCAGGUCUCGUGGAACAAGGAUGGACAAUAUGGCAUGGGCUGGCUGGUUGUGGAAAAGCAGCACAAAUAUGGACAGUGCAUGAAUCGAAGGCACUAUGUCUCGCACACAGGAGGUGCUGUAGGUGCCAGCAGUGUGCUCUUGGUGUUGCCCAGAGACCCUUUGGAGUCCUGGGAUGAGAUGGGCCCUCUACCCCAGGGAGUAGUUGUUGCCAUCAUCACUAACAUGCAAUCUGUGGGACUGGAAAAAACUGCCUUGAAGAUUGCUCAGGAGUUUGACCGAGCCAGGGAGGCGUGACAGCACCUUGUGUGCCUUACUGGGUGCAUCAAUGUUGACUGCCACAGUCUCACCAAAAGUAUAGACUAUUCAGUUAAUUCUAUGUGUGCUACUUUACUAAUGUCAAAAUGAAUAGAAAUUAUAUUUUAAUGUAAUUUUUAUGUAGUACACGUUUCUUUUUAAAUUGUAUGUGGAUUUAAAGCUACAAUAAACAUCAUGGUCAAGAU